UAUGCUUCGCUUGGUUCAAUAUUUAGCAAAACCCUAACCCCAAAAAGGUCGAUCCCAACAUUCAACUCCAAAAAUUUCCGAUCCUAAAACCCGAUCCCUCUCGAUCCCAGAUUUACUGCAAUUGAAGCGAAUUAUGGGCAUAAUAAGAAGCAGUUUUUCGUUCAUCGUCGGAACAGUUUGCGGGAUUUACGUUGCCCAAAAUUACAAUGUUCCCAACAUCAAGAAGCUGGCGGAUACCGCACUCUUCAUGGCCAAGCAUGCCGAAGAGAAGUACCGCAAGCCCAAGAACAGGGACGACGAUUAGCUCUAUACGAUCCAGUUUUCUGAAACCCUUAGAGUCAACAGGUUCAAUUUUAUUUUUCUCUUC